AGUUGGGGCUCGGAAAAAAAAAGCCCUCGAUCGCCCUGGUGUCUGCGUCAUGGCUCGUGGACGCAGCCGGUCAGACUCCCGCAGCCGCUCCCGGGGCCGGGGCAAGGGAGGCCGUGGUGAUGACCAGGAGCACAUCCAGCAGAUGGUAGAUGAACGUCAAGCCGCACGGCGGGACCGCGAUUUUGACAAAGCAGACCGGAUGAGGGAGGAGCUGAAGGAGCUUGGAGUCCGAAUAGAUGAUACUCAACUCACAUGGAAUGCUCCCGGAGGCUUGCGAGGUGUGGUGAACAAUCCAGGUGGAAAAGGACCCAUAGAGAAGCGAGAUGGUGACUGGAUUUGUCGCAGCUGCGGCAAGCUGGUCUUUGCAACCAAGGAUGUUUGCUUCUCCUGCGGCGCUCCCCGCAACUCCGGCGGCUCGCGAGGCGGCCGCGACCGCGGCCGCGACCGCCGCCGUGACGACAGCCGUGGCCGUGGCCGACGACGGGACCGGCGUGGAGGAGGGCGUCGCCGUCGCGACUACGAGUCUGACUACGACUAUUCUGAAGAUGAUCGCCGUUGAGACCUGAAGGAGAGAGGAUGAGAAAGGGUAGAAUCAUGGAAUGGUGAAGGGCAUUGCUUCUUGAAGCCCUACUGAGUUGAUGGACGGGAUUUAGCCCGAUAUUAACAAACACACCGCCUCAGGGAGAGAUUGAUACGAGCGCAAUACUACGGAAAA